AUGAUCUCUAAUUUAUUCAAAUAUGAAUUAUAAAAUACUUCAAAUUUUCACUUCCUCUUAAUAUACUUCCAGUAAUAUAAUAAUGAGUAUUGAUUUAUAAGUGAUUCAGAUUUCGUCGAAUUGUCUGUUGGAGUAGGUACAAGUAAAGGUGGAGAUAAAUAUCAAGAAAUAAGGUAAAUCUCUAAUUAGUUGAAAAGAGAUUCUAAAAUUAGAAGAAUUAUAAACCAAAUAAGACAUUGAAUUAAUUAUUAGUAGAAAUGGGUGGAUUUGUAUUUGAUACUAAUUUUCAUGUUUUGGUAGAUAAGAAGACAAAUGAAUUACUUUAUCAAUCACCCACAAGACCUGGUCGAUUUAAGAAAUCAACUUAUUUACACAUCUCCGAAAAUUGA